UGUAUGUCUGUGUUCUUAACCACUGGGCCAUCUCUCCAGUACCAAUAAAAUAUUUUAAGUUGUAAAAAUAAUAAAUCUUUUGCCGGAUGUGAUGGUACAGUAUUCGGGAGGCAGAGGCAGGUGGAGCUCUGUGAGUUCGAGGCCAGCCUGAUCUACAGAACAAGUUCCAGGACAGCCAGGGCUAUUGCAUAGAGAAAGCCUGUCUCAAAAAACAAAGCAAAACAACAACAACAACAAAUCAGCUAUCUUCAUUAUAGGACCAUCCAUCAUUCAGAUCCUCCAUGAACUUUCUGGGCACACUUCAGACACUUUUCCUCCACGUCUCUCUAAGUUCCUCUGACCCCACAACUCAGACAAUUUUGCGAGUGUUCCACACAAUCUAAAGGCUCCAAUCAACAGACAUCAGGCUCCCAUGCAGUUUGUAGCCCACUUAGACUAAGAGUCAUCACUCAGCGCUUUAGCUCUGUCUUCAGAACCUAAUAGUCUAUGCAAGGGCUCUAAACCUAUGUCGAAGCACCAAGGGUAUGGUAGACACAGUGGACCUUUUGUUUUGUUUAUCCCUUGAAACAAUUCUCCAGGGCAGGUGUCUACUUAACUUUACAGAAGAAACUGAUGGAGGCCGAGAGUGACUUACAGGGUCUAAUUCCGUGUUCUCGGAGACUUUAGGGAUGGGAGUUGGCACCAGAGACAUCGGAUGCCUUGCCCUCGUUGGGAGGCCCCUGGGACUUGCUGAGUCACUUUGUCCCACCUGUCGCUGCCAAUCUUUGGGAAGGAGAAACACAGGAGGGCAGAGAAGAGUGAGCCGAUGGCAGAGGGGUAGGCAGGCUGGCCCAUGGCUGAGGCCGCCACCCCAAAACUGGGGGAAAAAGCAGAAGCCACACCUUGCCCCAGUGUCCUGCAGCUGGAAGAGCUCCUGAGGGCCGGGAGAGCCUCUUGUAGCCGCGUAGACGAAGUCUGGCCCAACCUUUUCAUAGGAGAUGCGGCCACGGCAAAUAACCGCUUUGAGCUGUGGAAGUUGGGAAUUACCCACGUGCUGAACGCCGCCCACGGGGGACUCUACUGUCAGGGAGGCCCUGACUACUACGGCAGCAGUGUGAGCUACCUGGGGGUACCAGCCCACGACCUCCCUGAUUUCAACAUCAGCACCUACUUCUCCUCCGCAGCGGACUUCAUCCACCGUGCCCUCAACACGCCUGGGGCUAAGGUGCUAGUGCACUGUGUGGUCGGUGUGAGCCGCUCUGCCACACUGGUCCUGGCUUACCUCAUGCUGCACCAGCGGCUGCCCCUGCAGCAGGCGGUCCUUGUGGUGAGGGAGCGCCGAUGGAUCUUCCCCAAUCGCGGCUUCCUCCGCCAGCUCUGCCAGCUGGACCAGCAACUGCGAGGAGCAGGCCAGAGCUAAGGAGCCAGGUAAGGAAGGGCAAGGAGGCCACGCUGUGUGUGGCUGGCAGUGAGAAAUCACCUGGGAGCCCGGAGAGGGAGCCUGAGAUGAAGCUGGUUGGCCAGGCUGCCUGUGGCUGGCAGUGAGGACUCACUCACUCUCUUUCUCGCGCUGCUGGGCUCCCCUUGCCUAUCCAGGGCCUGGCAGGCCAUCCUCCCAUCUGGAUCCUUUAGCUCUCCAGAGAACACAGAAAGAUGGGAGAUGGCUCAGGAGGCAAAAGCACUUGCCACACAUGCGCGAGGACCCGAGUUUGAAUCUCCAGAACCUACCUAAGGCUGAGCCUAGUCGUGCCUGGUGAGAUAGGAGACCGAGACAAGAAUCCCCGGGUGUUACUGGAGCUGGCACAUGAAGUGGAAAAAACAAAAAACAAACAAGCAAAAAACCCAAA